AGUGGUAGAUCUUUGGGACCAGGGGAGAUCAGGUGGAAGUUUGGAGAAGCUCUGUAGCGCUGUAGCUCUCCGCUGUGUAAGUGCGAGGCUGUGUGCAGGGAUGGCGGGCUGCAGCGCGGUGCUGUGAGAGGAGCGUGUUUUUCUCCGGGACUGAGACACGCCGCCGCCGCCGCUGUUGGGCCACAUUAAAGCGCAGUCAUGCUGAGUUUCCUGCGACGGACCUUGGGCCGGCGCUCUGGUCGUAAGCACGCUGAGAAAGCUCGGCUCCGGGAAGCCCAGCGUGCACAAACGCAUAUCCCUGCAGCCGGAGAUGCCACGUCCAUCAUCACUUGCCGGGUGUCGCUGCUGGAUGGCACGGACGUCAGCGUCGACUUGCCGAAAAAAGCCAAAGGUGAGGAGCUGUUUGACCAGAUCAUGUAUCACCUGGAUAUCAUUGAGAAGGAUUACUUCGGCCUGCGCUUCAUGGACUCCGCACAAGUGCCGCACUGGUUGGAUGUGACAAAAAGCAUUAAAAAGCAAGUCAAAAUCGGUCCUCCGUAUUGUCUGCACAUGCGGGUUAAGUUCUAUUCCUCAGAGCCCAACAACCUCCGUGAGGAGUUAACACGGUACCUAUUUGUCCUACAGCUGAAGCAGGACAUCCUCAGCAGCAAAUUAGAGUGUCCCUUCGAUACAGCGGUGGAGCUGGCAGCCUUCUCUCUACAGGCUGAGCUGGGCGACUACGACCCUGCAGAGCAUGGCCUUGACCUGGUGUCGGAGUUCCGCUUUGUUCCAGAGCAGACGGAGGAGAUGGAGUUGGCCAUCUACAACGCCUGGAAAGAGUGCAGGGGCCAGAUGCCUGCACAGGCUGAGAUAAACUACUUGAAUAAGGCCAAGUGGCUGGAGAUGUAUGGAGUUGACAUGCAUAUGGUCAAGGCCAGAGAUGGAAAUGAGUACAGUUUGGGAUUGACUCCCACUGGAGUGCUCGUGUUUGAGGGCGAAACCAAGAUCGGCCUGUUCUUUUGGCCCAAGAUCACACGGUUAGACUUCAAAAAGAGCAAGCUGACCCUGGUGGUGGUGGAGGACGACGAACAGGGCAAAGAGCAGGAGCACACGUUUGUAUUUCGCAUGGAUCAUCCCAAGGCCUGUAAGCACUUAUGGAAGUGUGCAGUGGAGCAUCAUGCCUUCUUCAGGCUGCGCGGCCCCGUCCAGAAGGGAUCCUCUCGCUCGGGCUUCAUCCGCAUGGGCUCCCGUUUCAGAUACAGUGGAAAGACAGAGUACCAGACCACGAAGGGUAACAAAGCUCGGCGAUCGGCUACGUUCGAGAGGCGGCCCAGUCGCCGCUACUCCAGGAGAACCAUGCAGAACAGAGGUCCAUACGUUCCCAAAUCCCAAGCGAACCAGAAUAAUGGAGUAAGUCCCAGUCAAGAGACAAAGUAUAUCCAGUCUCAGCCUGCAUGGCCUGGAGUGUCCCCGGUUUCCAGCCAGCCCUCGGCACAGGGUCCGCUGACCAUCGAAGCUCUCCCUAGGAGUCCUGGCGGUAGCCAAUCAGUGAAGAGAAGCAUGCCCGAUGUCGUGGACCUGCUGGAGACCUGCGUGGACGACAUCAUGCGGACACCUGUUCCCAUGGCGACGGCAGGCUCGUCUGAAGAGGCAGGGCCUAGUGCUUCUGCGUCCGCCCCCAGCACAGGCGUUGAGAACCUGUCUCUGGCUGACGCGGCAGCUCGGCUAAAGCAGCUGGAGAUCGAGAGCACGCCGACCUCUGCUCCCGCUCUCUCCAACAUCAAUGUCAACAUGAACAACCAGGAGGAGGUGCUGAAGCUGACGGAGAAGAGCUUGAGCAGUGUGAGCAGCAGUCCUGUCCUGAGCCAGCUUAAGGCACCAGAUGAGCUCAAGAGCAACAUUCUCAAAGCACAGGCCGAGGCAGUGCUCAGGGGGACAAGAGAAGAGAUUGGAGGCACAGGAGAAAAGAACUGUAACCUCCAGGAAGCAGCAACCAGACUGAAGGGUCGAGGGGGGCAGACGGGGAGCACUUCCUCUCUAACCUCGGCCAGUCGGGAGGCGCCGAUGCAGAGCUGCUCCAGCAGCCCCGAAGUAGGAGCAGAUGAGUCCUUCUCCUCUUUAUCUAGUGUGCCUGCCGAACCAGUGAAUGAAGCCCCCCCACCCAAGGACAAAACAGAGGAGUGGGAGGUGCAUAAAGCCCCCAAGGUCGAUAACCUGAUAGACUUCACUGAUCCUGCACCAGCACAGGUGCUGCCGCCCAAACCCAUUAUUACACCUCGGUGGAUAGUUCCAGCAGCUCCACAGACCGACACCUUUACUAACGGCCUCCUAGAGCUUGACAAAGUAAAGACGGCAGCGCAGCAUAGCACAGGGGGCGCUCCUGCCCCGCUCCCGCGUCUUUCUCACACUCAUAAUGUGAUUGCCACCAGCAUUGUGGCUCACCCCCCAAGGAACAACCACAGACCCAGGGGCCUGCUGACCACUGAACUCUAAGAAACUCAUGUCCAGCAGUAUUGACUACUUUGCCCUUUAAAAAAAAAUAAUUAUCCCCCCCAACAAACAUUCCAGAGGAACACCGCUUGCAGGCGUUCCAGCGCAGAGACUCGAAAGAGUGCGUGUACAAGAAUAGCCAUGAUACCAGGACCCACCUCCGGCGCUGCGCUGCGAUCUCACGCUGUAAUAAUAAGGCAGGACGCAGAAGACGACACUACUUUCCCGCUAUUCUCAUCACAGUGACUCUGAGGACUUGUGAGCCGUGGUGCCGCUCUGCCCUCUGCUGUUCUCCCGCAUCCUCCUGGUACUUCACUGUGAAAAGAGCAAGCAGCCGCGCCACUGUGGAUCCCUGACACUGGAAACUUUAAUUUAUAGUAAUGACAUGAUCUUUUUACCUUCGGCUUCUUGUGGUACGAGACAUUUAGUGUUCAGUAUUCAGUAUAAGCUUUUAAACACUUCACAUAUGUAAUACUGGACAACAUUCAGUCUUUAAGUGAUUGAGCCAAUUUUAUUAUUAUAAUUAUUAUUAUUUUUUUAAUCCACACUACCCGUGUUGGUUUUAUUUUCGUAGUUGCGUUAAGACCUGCCUUAUUUUAACAGUGUAUGCAACAGGUGUUACAUUUAUAGUUGGUUACCGUAUAAAUCUAUAUUUUUCUUUAUUAAUCCUCGUUUUCUGGAACUGAUUUCGAUUCACUACGACAAUUCACUGGAAAUGUAGUGCUAGCGGUACGUAACGAUAAUCGUCAUUUAGUCACGACACUGUUUAUAGGGACUGUGAACGCUGAGACGGCGCUGAAUGCUAGCUAGUAUAUAACCUAGCUGUGUUCGUUAUCGUCAACUUUCGAGCGUCUCGUUGUCAUACCGUUUAUUAUCCAGGUCAUGUACCUAGAAGAUUAGCUGGAAAAAAAUAUUGAAAUAUCACUAGAUGCUAAAAUAAUUUUGAUAUGUAUGCUCUAAGACUGUAUAAUUUUUUUUUCAUUAAUGUUAAGUGUUUUCAUAUCCACCAGCUUAUCCGUUUGUCAAAUUCUUUACAACUGUGGUAGUUUCUUAUGCCCUCUGUCUUUAAUUUAUUCCCCCUUUCUCUCUCUCUCUCUCUCUCCCUCUCUCUCUCUCUAUGGUAAGAGCACGCUGUCUCACCCUGUAGAUAUAUUUCUGACUUCUUUAGAUAUCACUGUACUGAUGUAUAUCAUUUAUUUACACUGAAGAACAAUAGAGCACCUUUUAUUGUCAUUUUGUAUGGUUUAGCUUGUUCUCCAAGUAAAAUGUAUUUUAACACUA